UUGAAACUCCCCAGCCGGGCUCUGGUGGGACAUUUAAUUGGGGGCCAUUCGGUCCUCCGGUGGGGUUUGCCCCGUCGAGGCUCACCCUCCUCUCGGCCGCCUCCUCGGCCAGGGGCCGCACUCGGUGGCCCCGGCAGCUGCCCUGCCUCGAGCACUGGACGCACACGAGCCGCCUCUCGGUGCAGCAGAACCACCCCAGGUCCAGGCCGUGCUCCGGGCAGGCGCUUCCUGCUGGGGGGCGCCCCUCGCCGGGCCGUCGGGCCACCCCGAGACGGCGCUCCUCCGCUCCCGGGUCCUGAGCCAUGGCGGAGAGGAAAGGAAGGAAGGAGAGGGCGGCCGAGGCACCUGCUGCUGCGCCUCAGGUAGGCGGGCCCGGCCCUCAGAGCCUCCCUGCUUGCGCCUGCCCGGAGCACGCCCCGCCCGGCCGUCCUUCCGCCUUAGGCCCUCCAGAGCCUCCACGCGCAAGGGCAGUCUACCCCGCGUGCCAGACGCUCGGAGACGAAAGCGCCCGACAUUACGUCGCCCUGCUGCGCCCUCGGUUGAUCAGCGGGCAGUUCUUAGAUCCGCCUCCCCCUCGGUGAACUCAGAUGGGCUAGACUAGAACUCGGCUCUGGAGCCAAUUUUGGACCGGAGGGCUUGGCGAAUUCUGCCGAACAAUCGGUGGUCCUGAGCAUGGGCAAAGUGCCCCUCUCAGUCCCCGGAACAACUGGGAUCCCUUCGCUCGGGCCUUUCUGCUGCUGACUCGAGCCCGGCUGCAGGAGAUGACCUGAAGGCGAGUCCGGUUACUUGUGGAACUAGAAGUCCCGCGGCCAAGGCGCUUUCUGAGCACGUGAAGAGUCCCUCCUGCUACUCCUUCGUCCCCUAAGUUCUAGAGCAGCGCCCUCCGGGCGAUACUCGCAGGCUGUGCGACCAUUUCUAGGCACCGGGCCGACGACAGUCCCCUCGGCAAUCCCCUUUCGCUGUUGCUAUCCCGGCGCAUUAACAGCCCCACGACAUUCAUCAGGCCGACCUUUCUCCGGCGCAUGGGCGGAGUAUUUCCCCCUUGCUCCUGAGCCUGCGUAAGCACAGGAGAGGAGCUCGCCGAGGGGUGAACGGCUUCCCAGCGCCAAGGCUGAAGCCCAGCGCCUCUGAAUUGAGGACGCGACCCCCCCAGCCGCGGAGGUGGGAGCUGGCCCCGCUGCCCGAGCCCCGGCCCCUCUCGCCUUUCCCUGAAGCGGCAGGCAGCAGAGCCUCUUCCCCGAGGGCCGGUUGCCAAGGGCUGCAAGGAGGAGGGAGAAUGCCGCGAGAGGCGGAGGAGGGCGCGGCAAGGCGGGCAGGAGGUGAGCCCGGCUGGGGAAGGGCCCGAUGGGGAGGGGGCUGCCAGGCGCCCGCCCAACCGGCAGCAAGGGCGCCGGAAGAAAAUCCAACGGGAGGGCCAAGUAUAUUUCGAGGCGGGGGCGCUUGCCCCCCUUUGGCGCCCUCCUGGCAGCCGAAGAAGGAAGAGCUGGGGCCUGAAGGCACCCGAGGCUGGCGCCCUGCCGAGGCUAAGCAGGGUCCGCUCCGGUCAGUGCCUGGAUGGGAGACCGGUUAAGAACCACAUGUAAGCCGCCUUGGGUUGCUACCAUGAAAAGAAAGGCGGGGUAGAAAUGGCAUAACUAACUAACUAAUAAAUAAAAAUCGGACUGGCAGCGCUUGCGCCCGUCUCUGGGCGGCGCCGGGGCUUAUCUGGGGCUUCCUGGGGGGGCGUUUCCCAGAAGGCGGCGGCGGCAUCCUUGGGGGUUGUCUCUGGUUUCCAGGUGUAUUUUGCUUUUAAUUAAUUAGACCCACUGAGUAGAUGCCCUUUUGCCCCUUCACGCCCGACGCAGAGGAUUCGGAUGCUGCAGCGCUUGGCUGGCAAAAGCUGCGGCAGCGCUGGGCGAGGGGAGAAUCGGGAGGGCGCUGCUUGGGCACGAGUCUCCGGCCCAGAAGUUGGCGGGUUGCAGGUUCUGGGGAGGGAUGAACAGGGCUGGUUAUCUGCCAACGGCGAGGCUUUCUGGGAAGCUGCAUCCGUUGCAGCUGGCAUUAAAAAUACGUGUACUGUAAAGUCUUUUUGGUCCUGGAGAGAGACUGAAAACGCCCCCUCUUGGCUGACAUGAUGAUGACAUCACUGGCCUGGUCCUCGCAGAUCACGGUGCCCUCUCUUUUCCUCCUCCCCCCCGUCCCUCCCCCCUCCCCCUUUUAGGUGGCCCUCCCAGGCCCCAAGAGCUUGUAAGGUCUUUGAGGGAAGAAAGCUGUAACAUUUUAGGCACAGCGGGAUUAGGCAUAUAGCAACAAGGACAAAUCAGAGCAAUUGCACCAGGGCCCAUGAUAGCAAAGGGCCCAGACUCUGGGCUUUGUUUUCUUUUAAAAAGUAAAUCUCCAGCCCUUCUGGAAGGAAAAUUAUGAAGGAAAAGGCACAGGCGACUUUCUAAGCAAUUUCUUUGUGAUGAACCAUCCUGGCUGCUCCAAGCUUUGGGUGUUACUAACUAAUGCAUGAAGUCAGAGCUGUGACUGAUGGGCUAAGUGCUUCCUGUUUGGUACAUGCAAGUGUGAUACCCUGCAUGGGGAAACUACAGAGCAAGAUUCCCUGCACCACCUCCAAACACAGGGCUGGCAAGUAUGGCGAAGAGGCCCCACCCCCUCCCACCAAAGUGGUUCUGCAGUCCAGUCCAGCUCACAGUGCUGCUGUGGCUUCAGUGGCUUCCCUCACGGCCAACCUGUCUGUGUCGGGUGGAAAAGACAAGGCUGUUGUUGUGUACAACUGGUAUUGUGGCACCGUGGUGAAGAGGUUCAUGGGUCAUAAACAUGAAGUUACUAAGGUGACCUGCCUCCCCAACUCCAGCUGGCUUUUCAGUGCCUCUCGUGACAAGACGGUGCUGAUGUGGGGACUCCAUGGGGUUUCAGGGGCAGCCCAGCGCUUUUCAGGGCAUGACCUGGUGGUAACGGGCUUGGCUGUCAGUCCAGAUUCCCAGCAGCUCUGCACAGGAUCACGGGACAACACUGUGUGCACGUGGGACAUAGAGACAGGGGGCUGUUUGCUCAGAGCAUCCAUUUCCAGAAAUCUGGUAACACACCUCUGCUGGGUUCCUGGAGAGGCAUAUAUUGUCCAGACGUCAGAGGAUAAAACAGUCAGAAUCUGGGACAGCCGAAAUCUGCAGGUGGCACAUGUAUUUCCUGCCAAGCAGCAUAUCCAGACAUCCUGUGAUGUGAGCCCAGAUGGCCGAUACUGCGUCAGCAGCAGCAAUGGCUUUGGCGGUGAGGGCUGCGAGGCCACGCUCUGGGACCUCCGGGAGAUGAGGUGCAGAGUGCGUGAGUUCAGGGGCCAUUCUCAGACCACAGCAUCCUGCGUCUUCCUCCCUUGGGACCUGGUAACUUUCCCAGCAAUAGCCACUUCUUCGCAUGACUGCACUGUGAAAGUGUGGUGCCAGGAGACCGGAGGUAGAGCGCUCAGCUGUGACUGUUUGGGAAUUGCUUUGCUGGAUCUGACCAAAGUCUGCCUGGUCCAGAAUUUGCCUCCAAGAGUGGCAAGCCAGGUGCUUCUGGGAGGCUCACAGGCAAGGCACAAAGGGGAUGGCACAAUCAUAGGUAGACCGCCUCUGAACAUGGAGGUUCCAUUUAGUUGUCUGUUUACCUUUGAUAAGACAAGUGGCCGUCACAAUAUCAUGUGGCAGUGACUGUCAGCAUACAUUGCUAUAUUUUCGGCGCCAAGUUAAAACCUUUCUCUUUGCUCAGGCAUUUUAGUUUAAUAUGUUCAAAUUGGUUUUAGAUUUGUGGAUUUUUAUAUAUAUGUUUUUGUACCGAUUUAUGUGAUUUUAUUGUAUAUACUUUCUGUUGUACACCGCCCAGAGAGCUAUGCUAGUGGGGCGGUAUAAAAAUUUAACAAAUAAAUAAAAUAAAUAAAUAAAUAAAUAAA